GGGUAAACGUCUUCAAGUUUGAACCAAACGGCAGCAAAUUACCGAGCUGGCGAGUCAUUGAGUCGACUCAGCAGUGGGCAGUUCUUCAUUAUUGUUGCAACUCCAAUGGGCGAUUCGUCAGUAACCGAAUCGUCGAAGAGCAGCGGCGGAGGAGGAGGAGGAGGAGGAGGAUCCGAGGCGUCUCGGAUCGGAGAUGUAAAGCAAUGGCUGGCCCACGAGUUCGGGCAAGCCGGAAAGGAAGUGCCACAAUUCGAAUACACCCCUCGAUCAGUGGCUUAUUUACACAACCUUGCCACUCUCUCUCAAGCCAAGACCCAAGCUUCCAAGAUCCUGGCCUCCGAUUUCCGCCUCAAAGCCGCCGAGUACCGUUCUCAAUCGGCGAGAAUUAGGGAGAUACUGGAGCAUGUUGGGCUGGCGCAGGAGGGUUUGCCGUCUAACGUUGUUGGGUCGGUGCAGGUUCUUGCUAAUGUCGCCAAUUUGUUGAAUAUAAGAGAUACGGAGCUUAGCAGUUUUCUUGUAGCGAUGGGUGACAUUUCGUUGAGAAAGACUGGUGUAGAGGAAAAGAGGGCCAAAGUUCAGAAAGAGUCUAAGGUUCUGCUUGAUUACACCCGAAAGGCUAUUGCAAGGUUGACGUAUUUGAAAAGGACACUUGCUCAACUGGAGGAUGAUAUAGCACCAUGUGAGGCCCAAAUGGAAAAUUGGAAGACAAACUUGGCGGUUAUGGCUGCCAAGGAGAGGCAAUACCUCCAACAGUGUGCCAACUACAAGGCUAUGCUGAAUCGUGUGGGCUAUACCCCAGAGAUUAGCCAUGGGGUGUUGGUUGAAACAGCUGAACAUAGAAAGGAGUUAGAGAAGAAAACAAAGCCCAUCCUAGAUACUUUGAGAAGCUACCAGGACUUGCCUCCGGAUAAAGCUUUGGCUGCGUUAGCAAUUGAGGAUAAGAAAAUGCAGUAUGCUGCUGCUGAGAAGUAUCUUGAGGAUGUAUUGCAUUCGGCUCUUGCCACUUCUGAGUGAUGACCUGUAGAUAGAGCGAUUGAGAUGUAUUCAUGGUUGCUGCAUUCUCUCUGUUCUCUAUUUUGUUACUGGAAGUAUUUGUAAAGGAAUAUCCAUUCUCUACCUGGUUGCUUUUCUGUAAAUUGGGUUCCCAUUAUAUUCUUUACUUUCUUCCUUCUGCAAGGGAACAAUUAAAAUCUAAAUUUUAUUGUAUUCGAAAAUCUCAAGUUUGUGUUGAAUCGAAAUUCUUCCUAUAUAUCGGAAAUCCCAUGUUUGUGGUGAA